AUGAACCUGUGUCCUCCUCAUACUGCGACACAGACGACGAGGCAUGCUUUCAGAGAAGGUUAUCUCGUCAAUGAUGGGCUUCUUGAGUCUGGCAUGAUUGGGAAGCUCAAACAGUCCUACCCAUCUGAGCCGAUCGCAGACCUGAGAGCCCGCUAUGAAGAGGAUGGCUAUCUGUUCAUGAAAGGUCUCCUCCCACGCUCUGACGUUCUUGAUUGUCGGGAAGUGUACUUCCGUUUCCUCAGUCCGAGUGGUGUUAUGCAACCCAAUUCGGCUCCCGUUGAUGGUAUCUUCGAUCCUGAUAACAAGGGUGUCAACUAUCCCAGUAUUGGCGCUGGCCCUUUCGGUAAAGAGCAGAUCAACCCAGGUUCAUUCGCGAGCCUUGAGGAGAAAGCUCAUACAGAGGACUUUUACCUUGAGUUUUCGAGACAUCCAGCCCUCAGGGAGUCCGUUUCCAGGCUGAAAGGCUGGGGCGAUGAUACAAAAUUACUCCCAAGGUCUUUGUGA